UUCGAUUGGACGGCCCCGGACUCUUGGCAGCCAGAGACCCACAUUCCCCACGAAAUCAACCUCGGCAGGGAAGGGGUAGCUUGGAACUCGGCUCAACCAUCAGCUGAGCCGAACCAUUCAUCGCCAUGCAUUGAACUCAAAGUGCUCCCGUAUUGACCUUGAUGCAUACGUUUAUUAGCAGUGCCGUUGCCUCUGUUCUUUUAGAGUUUGCCGACCUUUUGCCAAUUCACCAAAUCAAUCAAGUCUUGUUGAAAGUUUAAAGCCACCAGAAACAUGUCGGCCCAGAUCCCCAUUGCUGUCCGCGAUCGCGUUAGCGACAAGGCCGCGAAGACGUUGGACAUCGUUGCCAAAUUCGUUGAUGAAGAGUGUAUUCCUGCCGAUACUGUGUUUGAGGCCCAGGUUGGCGUUGGUGAGGCGAGAUGGCAGGCUCACCCCAAGAUCCUCGAGGACCUCAAGGAGAAGGCGAGGUCCCUCGGCCUCUGGAACAUGUUCCUGCCCAAGGGUCACUACAAGGAGUCUCCGGGCUUCACCAACCUCGAGUAUGGCUUGAUGGCCGAGUGGUUGGGCAAGUCCAGAGUUGCCUCCGAGGCGGUCAACUGUGCUGCUCCUGAUACCGGCAACAUGGAGGUGUUGGCCAAGUAUGGCAAUGAUGCCCAAAAGGCUCAGUGGCUCAAGCCCUUGAUGGACGGUGUCAUCCGUUCGGCUUUCCUCAUGACAGAGCCUCAGGUCGCCUCUUCAGAUGCUCGGAAUAUUGAGCUGAAGAUGGUCAGAGACGGUGAUCACUAUGUCUUGAACGGCUCCAAAUGGUGGUCCAGUGGUGCCGGUGACCCGCGCUGCAAGAUCUACAUCGUCAUGGGCAAGAGUGACCCCAACAACAAGGACCCAUACAGGCAGCAAUCCGUCAUCCUUGUGCCAUCAGACACCAAGGGCAUCACUAUCCACCGCAUGCUUUCUGUCUACGGCUACGACGAUGCGCCCCAUGGCCACGGCCACAUUACCUUCCACAAUGUCCGCGUCCCGGCUACCAACCUUGUGCUUGGAGAGGGUCGUGGCUUCGAGAUCAUCCAGGGCCGUCUCGGUCCCGGCCGUAUCCACCACGCCAUGAGAACCAUUGGUGCUGCUGAGCGUGCCUUGGAGUGGAUGCUUAUGCGUAUCAACGACCCGACAAAGACUCCCUUCGGCAAGCAGCUUCGUGAGCAUGGCGUUAUUCUCGAAUGGGUUGCCAAGUCCCGUCUGGAGAUUGACGCUGCUCGCCUGGUUGUUCUCAACGCUGCCAUCAAGAUGGACGAGCAAGGUCCCAAGGCCGCGCUGAAGGAGAUCGCCCAGGCCAAGGUUCUCGUUCCCCAGACUGCCCUGACUGUCAUUGACAGGGCCGUCCAGUCCUUCGGUGGAGCCGGUGUCAGUCAGGACACUCCCUUGGCCAACAUGUGGGCUCAGAUCCGCACCCUCAGACUGGCGGAUGGACCAGAUGAGGUGCAUCUGCAGCAGAUGGGCAGGAACGAGAACCGCCGUGGCAAGGAGGUUGCUGCCAAGAUUGCUGCUCAAAAAGCAAAGGCUGAGGAGUUGUUGAAGAAGUACAACAUCACCAGAUCGGAGAUUGGCUCCAACAUCAAGCGCUAA